UAUUGUGUAUUUCAAAUUAUAUUUAUAUAAUGCACUAAAGAAUAAUAAUAACAAUAUUGUAAUAAAUGUGGUUUAGAUCUCAGAUAAUAUAUUAUUAUUAAGUAAAAGCUGUUACAAAAUGCCGGCGUCCGAAUAUUCUAAGAAUACAGACCGGACCACCGACGUGCAGACAAGUAAUCAAACGCCAUUCAGUACAAUUAUUUGUGACAAUCCAGAAUUGUUAAAAGGCUUAACCGACAAUGGAUUCGUACACGCAUCUCCUAUUCAGGUGUCUGCUUUGCCUACGAUAAUUGCUGGAAGUGAUACAAUCGUUGAAGCAAAAAAUGGUACAGGAAAAACGCUUACAUUCGUCAUACCCGUAUUGAAAAAAUUAAAAACAGAAAAUAAUCACUUGCAGAGUAUUGUCUUAGCACCAACACGAGAAAUUGCUGUUCAAAUACAACAAUGUUUCAAAAAAGUUGGUCAAUAUAUGUCUGAUUUAAAAUGCGAGUACUUUAUUGGUGGAACGUCAGUUGACGAAGAUAAACAAAAAGCGAUUGGUUGUCAGAUAGCAGUCGGUUCACCGGGGCGCAUCAAACAUUUAUUGACACAACAUGUGUUGAUAGGUUCCAAUGUAAAAAGCUUUAUACUUGAUGAAGUCGAUAGAAUGUUAAGUGAUAAAAACUUUACGAAAGACGUACGAUCAAUUAAUGCAAAACUGCCAAAAUUAAAGCAAACUAUAGUCGUAAGUGCAUCGAUCGAUAAGAGUCAUGUGUCACUUUUUGAUGAAUUUAUGGAAGAAUACUCUGUAGUUAAGGAUACAGAAGAAAACACAAAUUUAUCCCAAGAUCCAACAAAGUUCCUAUUAGGUAUUAAGCAAUAUGUGGCUUGUGUCAAAUCAGUCAGUACUAAUAUAAUAUUAUUGCCAGCGAAGAAUCUACGUCUUCUUAAUAUUUUGCGUAAUUUACCGCACACACAAUGUAUCAUAUUUACAAACUACAUGACGAGAGUCGAAGCUGUUUGCAAUAUGUUACGCGACAAUGACUAUAAGGCCGAUUACAUUAGAGGUGAUCAGGAUCAGAAAAUUCGUUUGAAGUUAGUCGACAGGCUUACAUCGUUUAAAUCCAAAAUCCUGGUAGCUACAGAUUUAAUAGCUAGAGGAAUAGAUUCUUCUAACGUAGACUUAAUAAUCAACAUGGAUUGCCCACAUGAUUCGGCCACAUAUUUACACAGGAUUGGCAGGGCCGGACGUUUUGGAAAUAGAGGGUAUGCUGUGACGAUACUAGACGACGAUAAAGAAUUGAUAUCGUUUAAGAAAAUCAUCAACAGUAUAGAAAACGUAAGUAUUAAAUUGUUACCAAUCGCAAUUAAAAAACCUAUUCUUGACUAUGAAGAGGAUGAGCUCGAAGAACUUAAUUUGAAAACUGGAUUAGAAUCUUCAAACGGUGUUGAAAACGGGAAAAUCACAGAUGACGAAGAUGAUCUAGAACAAAAUGAACAAAGCGAACCUGAAAUAAGCGACAGUGAUAGUUCACUUACUCAAAAUAACCAGUUAAUGGUUCCAAUCGAGACGAUACCGAUAAAUGAGUCGCAGUCUAUUUACGGACCGGAUAUGUCGGAGAAGGAAUCACUGGUAAAACUUCGUGAAGCUGUCAACGACAAAGAAAAACAACUCAUUGAUAAUAAUCUUGUUAAUAAAAAACAUUUGACUGCUGACCGGUCGUUUGUAUUGUUUGACCCGGAAUCUCUUCUCGAUGAUUCGGAUCAGUACAUGAAAUAUAGUGCAGAAGAGUUGGUAGAUAUUUUCAACAAUUAUGAUUCUGAUAUUUCGAAGUACGAAGCCUCUAGAAAACUAAUAAAUACAAAUGAAGCAACAGUACAAGUUGAAUGUGUAAAAGAAGAUUCUAGUCAACAAGAAAAUUCAAAUGAUAUUUCUAGUACGUCGUGUGCUAAAGACGCCAAAAAUGCUAGCCAAACUUCACCUCAAAAAUUAAAAUUUACAAAUAUAUUUGAUUUAUUUCAAAUACCAGACAUAAGUCUCCUAAAGCCUACUCGGACUGAACAGUUAACUGAGGAAAAUGACGACAAUCCUACUGUAGCUGAUGAAAUUGAAAUACAAUACAAUAAGUUUUACAAUGAAGAGGAAUAUUGUGAUGAAGAGGAAGAAGAAUGGGUGGAUAUUGAAGAAGAAGAAGAAGAAGACAACGAUGUUGAUAGUUCUUCUGAAGAAGCAAUUCAGUCAGAAGAAGAUGAAAAUAGCAAUUAUGAUGAUGAAGUUGAAACCAAUUGCUGUACAGAAGAUGAGACAGAAGAUGAAAGCCAAAUUGAAACAGACGAAAACAAUUAUGUUGAGUAUGUAAAACCAGUAAAAAAGUCAACAAAAGAUAACACGAGAAAUGAGUAUUAUAAACCACAAAAACCGGUUAGGGAAAAUGAAAACAACCAUCAACAAUUAGUUAACCACAACGCCUUAAACGAUUGGUAUCGUGAAUGGUAUCGCCAGUUAAACGCCAUACAAACAUAUGUAAAUUUGAGUUAAAAGUACUGAGUAUUUCAACAAGCUUUUAAAAUGUUCUUUUAAUUUUGUAAUGGUCCUAAUAAAAUAGUAUUGUUGUAAAACUGUUAUUUUUAUCUAUAUAAUAAUAAUUAUUUUAAUUUUGAUUACUUUGAUAAUAAACAUUUGUGGUUAUGUACUGUUUUUAUAAGAAAUAAUACCAUUUUAUAAAAAUAAAUAUAAUGUCAUACA